GUUCCUCGGCCAGUGCCCCUGCCGCCGGGUCCGACGAUCAGUCCAUUGGCUGAGGCGACACGCAUCUGGGGAGGGGGGUGAGGCCGUGUCCCGCCGGCCCUGCCAAAACAAAAGCACUUCAGCGGCAAAUCUUCAGCCCAUUGCCUCCUCGCCAAUUAAAAAUAAUCACCUGACUAUUGUCAUCUAAUUUCCCAGUACUUAGCCCUUUGUAUGCUUUAGCAUUUCUUAAACACUGAAAGUCUGCCUUUACCACCUUUCACAUUCCCACUACCCUUCUCACAUCUCUAAACCUUUUGCCCUUAACCAGAAACCUAUGUGCAUUGGUCAUUGAUCCAUCAAGCGGAAAAGUUUUUUUCUCUCUGUCUACUCCUUCUAUGCCCCUCACUUUUAUACAUAUGAAUCCCUCUCACUGAUUAUUCCGACUGUAACCCAAAUACCUGAUUGACAUGGUCAGGGCCCUCUUCACGUCGUGCAUGUAUAAAGAAAAUCCGUACUGGGAUGUGAACAUUAUUGCCCAUCCCAACCUUCACAGGAUCAGAAACAUUUAUUCUCCCCUCCCUGCCCUGUUUAAAUUAUGAACAGAUUUAUCAUUCAUUGCAAAAAAAAAACACCAUGUCACACAAUCCGAGUAACUUCCUACUGCUCCCCAUACCGGAGGUCCCGAUGCUCGACUACCUGCAUAACCGAAACGUGAAGAUCGUGGUCCUGGGAGCAAGGAGAGUUGGAAAGACUGCCUUGAUUGUACGGUUUCUCACAAAACGGUUCAUCGGAGAUUAUGAGCCCAACACAGGAGCUCUAUACUCCAGAUCAAUUAGCAUUGAUGGUGAUCAAAUUUCAUUGCAAGUGCAAGACACUCCCUGUAUUAAUCAGGCAGAUGGAGAUGAUUCUUGUAGUCCAGAUGUUAUAUCCCGAUCACUUCACUGGGCAGAUGGUUUUGUUUUUGUCUUUUCACUUACGGACACAGAAAGCUGGAAAGCACUCCGUCCACUCCAUCAGCAAAUCAGGAAGAUUUAUCCUAACACCAGACUUCCAUUUGUGCUGAUAGGAAACAAGGCUGAUUUACCGCAUGCACGACAAGUGGAAACCACUGAAGGUAUUCAAUUGGUGAAUGAGAUAGGAGGGACUUAUUUUGAAGUUUCUGCCAGAGAAAAUUAUAAUGAGGUCUAUGAUGCAUUCCACCAAGUUUGCCAAGAAGUUUGCAAAGUGAUUGGAAACAAUAAUGGGGAGAAGAGAAGAGGUCUGCUUUUAGGCAGGCCAAAAUCACCGAAUAUGCAAGAUCUUGGAAGACGGUUAAAACAGGCUCUUUCUUCUAAAGUGAAAUCCACUGCUUCUGUAUAAAACUCGUUUGGAUGAGUUUCCAAGUGCUAAGAUUGUUUUUCUUUGCCUUGAAAAUAAAUAAGACAAGGUAAAUCCUCAUAUUUUAAAGACUAACACAUGAAUAGAAAUUAGUUUGGCAUGUUCCAUCUCCAUGUACACCUUUUUUUAAAUUACACAUUUACCUUUAACUGCUGUUAAGUAAAUACAUUUUGCUCCCAGAAUAUGAGCAAUAUCAUUUACAUAUAUUGUCAUAUUCAUGAUACAAUUUUCUCUGUAGAAGCUAAAGUGUCACUAAUCUACUGAUUAUAUGAAGUUAAGAUCAUUGACAGCCAAAAACAAUUUGAAAUUGUGCAAAAUUAUACAUUUUCAUCAAAACUAUCCCUGGGAUUGACUAGGGCAGAGGAGAGCUCCCUUGAAUGCUCAGAAAAUACAUUGCAAAUUAUAAACUGAAUCAUACAGUGCAGAAAAAUGUAUAGUUCUACUCUCAAAUUGCUGCCAAAUGUUUAAUGGGCCAAAGGGCCUUUUUCUGUGUGGUAACUUUCUAUGAUUCAUUUUGUAACUAUUUAGCUGAUCUUAGGUGGAGCCACAGUAAAGUUUCUACAAGUGGCCUCAGGAGCUCUGUACAAGGACAAGGAAAUAACAGCUGUUUUCCCCACACCUGAACCUGUUCAAAAUACAGUAAAUUGGUGUAUGUUCUGGUCCAGAAAGGAUUGUUCUUGCCAGAGAAAUUGCCGAAUAGAAACUGUUUAUUCAUGUUUCAAUUGUGAUUAGCCAGUAUUAUCAAAAUAAUAACUAUUUGUAAAAAUUACAAUUUAAUCACUCAGUGUCAUAUUCUAGCUGAAACAGGUGCAUUUUAAAAACAAUAUUAGAAGAAAAAGACAGACAGGAUAUCAAUAUAUUUUAAAUUUAAAUUUCCUUCAUUUUGAUUCCAGGAUCAAAUGUCUUCCAGGGUUAGGAAAGCCAAAAUGUCUCCUGGUUUUAGCUACUCAUCAUAGCGUUAUGUGUAACAUAAUAAUAGUAGAGCGGUUAUUGUUGAAAUAGAGGUUUAACUUUGCGUUAUGAUUUGGAGAUGCCGAUGUUGGACUGGGGUGUACAAAGUUAAAAAUCACACAAC